AUGUCUUUCCAGACUUCGUCUGUGUCGACCGCUACUCCCAUGAAGCAUGCUUUCGAGAGGCGUGUUCAGGACGUGAAGUCGCCCAAAAGCGACAUUAACGCCCUGAUCCUCGACUAUCUGACCAUGGAAGGUUACCCUAAUGCUGCCGCAAAAUUCAGCAAGGAAGCCAACCUGCAACCCCACCAAAUCGACGAGACGAUCAAGGUCCGUCAGCAGAUCCAGAAGUCGAUCCAUACCGGAAGCAUUCAGUCUGCCAUUGAGGCGCUGAAUGACUUUGACUCGGAGAUUUUGGAUUGCGAUCCUACCUUGCAUUUUGCUCUCUUGCGGCUGCAGCUCGUCGAGUUAAUCCGCUCUUGCACGAAGACGCCCGGUGGUGAUAUCACUCCCGCUUUGACGUUCGCCACGAAUCAUCUUGGCCCUCGAGCGCCGACAGAUUCGCGUUUUCUCAAAGACCUCGAAGAGACCAUGGCGUUGUUGAUUUUCCCUCACAACGACCUCGAACCUCAACUGGCAGCCAUCUUGCACCCAGACCUGAGACGGGAUGUGGCGGAUGAUGUCAACAAGGCCAUUUUGCAGCGGCAAUCUGAACGCAGGGAAGCUGCGAUUCGACAGUUAGUCAAGAUGCGGGCGUGGGCUGAGUCGACUGCGAGAGCAGAGAAGAAGGCCCUCCCGGACCGCAUUGGAUUGGGCUUAAAUGGAGACGAGACUGAUGGGCACGACCAGAUGCAGCUCUCCUAG